AUGAAGCUUCUCGCUGCUGCUGCCAGCUUGAUCGUGGCCACCGAGGCUGCCGGCAUCGGAUCCAAUGUUCAAUCCGUUCUACAACAAGUCAUUGGGCUCGAUACUCACCAGCCCAAGCCUAACAUUCUGUUCGUGAUCACGGACGAUCAAGACCUAGAGCUCGACUCGGUCGCAUACACUCCGCUCAUCCAAAAACACCUGCGCGACAAGGGUACCUUUUUCUGCAAUCAUUUCGUGACGACCGCGCUCUGUUGCCCCUCGCGAGUCAGCCUGUGGACCGGGCGCCAGGCCCAUAACACAAACGUGACCGACGUCCGCCCGCCAUACGGUGGGUAUCCCAAAUUCGUGGAUCGCGGAUUCAACGAGAACUUCCUGCCAGUCUGGCUACAGGAGGCUGGCUAUGAUACGUACUACACCGGCAAACUCUUCAAUGCCCACACGAUAGACAAUUACCAUCGUCCUCACGUCAACGGCUUCAACGGCUCCGAUUUUCUACUCGACCCGUACACAUACACCUACCUCAAUGCGACGUAUCAGCGCAACCACGACCCUCCCAUGAGCUACGAGGGCCAGCACACAAUUGAUGUUAUCACGGAGAAAGCCCUGGGUUUCCUAGAUGAUGCGCUGCAAGGCGAGCGGCCCUUCUUUGUUACGGUCGCGCCCGUGGCGCCGCACUCGAACGUCGACCCCAACGCCAUGGAAACCGGUAGGAUCACCAUGGGCGCGCCGGUUCCUCUGGAGCGGCAUCAGCAUCUAUUUGAAGAUGUCAAAGUCCCUCGCACCGAGCACUUUAACCCCGAUGAGCCGAGCGGCGUCAGCUGGAUUCGCGAUUUGCCCCAGCAGAACCAGAGCGUGAUCGAUUACAACGACCACUUCUACCGUUCUCGGCUGCGUGCCUUGCAGGGAGUUGAUGAGCUGGUGGAUACCCUCAUUAAGCGUCUGGAAGAAAGCAACAAGCUGGAUAACACCUACAUUAUCUAUACCUCUGACAACGGAUUCCACAUCGGCCAACACCGACUCCCACCGGGCAAGACAUGCGGUUUUGAAGAGGACAUCCGAGUCCCCCUGUUCAUUCGUGGGCCCGGAAUCCCGGAAGGCUAUGUGCAGGAUUCGGUGACGACUCACAUCGAUUUGGCUCCCACCAUAUUCGACCUGGCGGGGAUCCCGCCGCGCUCGGAUUUCGAUGGAACUGCGAUUCCCGUGACGCCCGACUUUGCUGGUCGACGCCACGAGCAUGUCACGGUCGAAUACUGGGGAAAGGGUAUCAUGGAGGGCACCUUUGGCGGUAUCGGCCCCGGGGGUUCCUCGAUGGUUCCCAACAACACGUACAAGUCAGUUCGUCUGCUAGGAGAAGGAUACAACCUCUACUAUUCUGUCUGGUGCAACAACGAGCACGAGCUUUAUGACCUUUCGACCGACCCGUAUCAGUUGCACAAUCUUUAUCCGAGUAGCGCUCAGGCAGAUGAUGACGAGCCUAGAAUCCUCGGUCGCAGUCUGUCCCAGGCCAUCACCAGGCUGGAUGCGCUUCUUCUCGUGUUGAAGUCUUGCCAAGGUAACACCUGCAUCGAGCCGUGGAAUGCUCUCCAGCCGGAGAAUUCAGUUAGAAGCCUUCGGGAUGCUCUCGACAAGCGCUACGAUGCAUUUUACGAAAGACAACCUCAAGUGUCUUUCGAUUGGUGCGCUGCAGGACAUAUUAUUGAGGCCGAGGGGCCUCAAGUGCCGUUGACCAGUCGCUAUGGCCUUUCCUGGGACAACUGGGUGUAA